AAAAAAAAAAAACAAUAGACCUCUCCCUCGCAGAUCUGCUCGCUUUUUUCGCCUCCUCACAUCGAAUUCCUGUUUUCGCUCGCACAGCUGAAAAACAGUCAUCCAAGGUUGAAUUGAAUGGAGGGACUUGGAGGAGAUGGUGGGGCGGCGUCACCCGUCAACCAAUUUUGGCAUGAUGUGUGGAGGCAGUACCAGUAUUUUCUGGAUAAGACCACUCCACACGCGGUCUAUAGAUGGAUUGGGAGCGUUUUCAUAGUGUUGAUUUAUAUUUUGCGGGUUUAUUAUCGUGAAGGGUUUUACAUUGUCUCGUAUGGUGUGGGGAUUUAUCUGCUGAAUUUGUUGAUUGGAUUCUUGUCGCCUUUGGUUGAUCCGGAGAUGGAAGUUUCGGAUGGUGGGCCUUUGCUGCCAACAAAAGGUUCGGACGAAUUUAAGCCAUUCAUUCGCCGGCUUCCGGAGUUUAAGUUCUGGUACUCCUUCACCAAAGCUUUUUGUAUCGCUUUUGUCAUGACAUUCUUUCCCGUGUUUGACGUUCCUGUCUUCUGGCCUAUUUUACUUUGUUACUGGAUUGUUCUGUUUGUCCUGACAAUGAGGCGCCAAAUUGCACACAUGAUCAAAUUCAAAUAUAUUCCUUUCAACAUCGGGAAGCAGAGGUAUGGUGGCAAGAAAUCUUCUGCAAGUAGCAGUGGUUCCCGUGGGGAUUGAAGCUCGUCUAAUUUCAUUAUUUGAGCAAAAUAUAAAUUUACCAGAAAAAAUAGGCUUUGUGAAGAUUUAGGAUGGUAGAAUUUUUUUGCGUUGGACAUGUAUCAUGUUAUGUGUUUUAAUAUGCAGUCACACUUACAAAGUUCAUUUGUCCUGCUGAUGUUGCAGGGAAACUUUGUUUAUACCCAUUAAGAUUCAAUUCUGCCUUUGAAAUUAUUGUCUGCAUGAUGCAGAAUAUUUCACUC